UGCGCUUGUCUUGCAAAAUGGAAGAAGCAAAUUGAUGUGUUCAGGUUGAGGGUUUUUAAGGGAAAUUUUGUCCAAUGGAGAAUUUGAGUGCUAGUUAAUUGAGCACUCUUGUGGCUCAAGAAAUGCGUAAUUCGGAAGAGGGUUUUACGUUUGGCGAUUUCACAGCUGAAGAAUGGGAAAAAUACUUCAGUAAUUCAUUAGCUCAAAUUGGAAAUAUACCACCGGUUGAGUUUCUCUUCAACUUUAAUUACUCAGAUGACGAGGAACGAGGCGAUAAUUUUUUAGCUGGUGACUCCUCAACACAUGUCUCAUCAAAUGACAGUUCUGCGGCAGCUAAAAAUGUUACGGCAGGUCUUGAAGACUCAGGUGUUGAAGUGGGACAAGAAAGUGAACAGGAAACAUCUACAGGAAAAUUGGCGAAAACAACAGCUGGUACAGGUGAUUGUUUACCAGAAGCAAAACAGAAACAAGUCAAACAAUCAUCAGAGAAAACCAUACAAAGUAGCUCUGAACAUAUUGUUUUUGGUGGAAACAGCAUCAAAGAGCAUGAACAAGAUGUGAGGCAAAGCAAACCUGAAAGUCCCUCAAGAACUUCAGCAGCUGAUGUUGACCACUUCCCUCCCUUGUCAUUAACAGUGAACACCCAGAGAGCAGUGGAGAAGACAGAGACUGAAAGAUCACGAAAACGGCGCAAGCGAAGGAGACAGAGAAAGAGGUCUAGAUCUGUGUCCAGCUCUUCUAGUGAAUGUAGUGAAAAGGAAAGGGCUUCAGUUAAUUCCAAUGGCUCUGGGCUAAAAGGAAAAGCUGUGGCAUCUUUACCUACUACAGAUAAAGUUGUUCUCAGUGAUGAUGUUAAAGAAGCUUCAAAAGUACAGGUAAAUGUUUUGAGCGCAAGGUUAAAGGAGCAAAAAUCCGAUGCUCUCUCUAACACAGACAAAAGAACAGCUGUACAGAGAAAAAGCACAAGUUCUUGCGAUGGAGACACUGUGGAAGAAAGGAAGAGUUCUUUAUCAACAGAAAGCACAUCAAACAGCCCUGUUUACAGUGACACAGACAUUAAAGUUACAGUUUCCAUCAGCACUGCACAAGAUCCCUUAAGCUCUAAUCAAACCUAUAAAAACCUGGAAAAAGAACAUGAAGGUCCCAUCCCAGUGGAUCAGAGUGUAAAAACAAGUGGUGCACCAGAAGAAAUCACAGGCAGGAAAGAUCAGCCUCCAAAGCCUUCAUCAUGGGCAGACUUGUUCAAAAACUCUGCAAAACCAUUACCUGGUAUUGUUGUUAAAACAGUAAGUCCUGUUGUGAGAAAUGAAAUGCAAACAACUUCAAAUCCUAAAAAGACAGAUGAUACAUUACAGAUUCCAGUUACUGUGGAAGAGGACAAGUUUGCCAAGAAAUUUGCAGGUAGAUACCUCUAA